GGAGAGAGAGUGCAUUGCAUCACUACCCACUCCUCGCAGCAUUGGUCGCCAUCCAUCCACCUCUCCUCUUUCCAGUACCAAAACAGAUGGUGGAAAAAUCAUCACAUCUGCCGGGACGCAGGACAACAAUAGACAGCAUCUAGCCCAAGAGAACCGGGGCGUCCAUCAUGUUUGCUGUCAAGAGUUCCAUGAGGCUGUGAGCGCCGUCGGGAUUUUUGACACGGGGUACCAUCACGGCAGCCGAGGAUUCUUCUCGCGACUGUCUGGGCUCUCCAUCGAGUGGGGAAGAUGGCCGCCAUGAAAAUUUUAACCAGCAGUGGGCUGUUCUUAGCGUUCUGUGCGUUGGGGUUGCUAGCCAUGGCAAUCUGCACCGACUAUUGGUAUGAGACAGAUGCGCGGAGACACCGAGAAAGGUGUAAAAACUACGCCAACAAGAGAAACGACCCGGGGUACAUCUAUAUCUCAAAUAGCAAUCUCCCCCUCCAGAUGCCCCCAAAGGGCAUUGAAAGGAAAGGUAACAGUCCAAGUGCCGGAGCUCAGCCUCUUAUUAGGGAAAAACGGCACUUUCUGGCUGCAGCAUCAGCUAUGGAGUCCCACUGCAGUCGCCAGUUCAAUUCAACCAUCUCUGGGCUCUGGAGAAAGUGUCAUCGAGAUGGAUUUGACCUGGAGACAGAGGAUCUCAUAUAUAAAGGAUUGAUUCAGCGGUGCAUCCCAGUCAAGUAUCACUACUCUUCCUCCAUCCUUCCGCGCAAUUUACCCAUCAACAUCACCAAGACCAUCCGUCAGGAUGAGUGGCAUGCACUCCAUCUACGCAGGAUGACGGCUGGCUUUGUGGGCAUGGCCGUGUCCAUCAUCCUGUUUGGCUGGAUUAUCGGAGUGUUGGGCUGCUGUCAGCAGCAUGACCUAAUGCAGUAUGUAGCUGGACUACUCUUUCUCAUGGGAGGAACGUGUUGUAUCAUUUCCCUGUGUACGUGUGUGGCGGGCAUCAACUUUGAGCUGUCGCGUUACCCACGCUACAUGUAUGGCCUCCCAGAGGAUAUUAGCCAUGGCUACGGCUGGUCCAUGUUCUGUGCCUGGGGGGGCUUAGGCCUCACUCUGCUGGCUGGUUUCCUGUGCACCCUGGCCCCAUCCCUAAGCACCCCCUCCCGUACAACCGUCCACAAGCCCAGGCAGGAGAACGGAACCGUGUGAUGGGACUGUGUGACGGGCCCACGGAGUGCACAAAUAAGCAACACCCAUCCAACUUCGUCCAACGUUUUUGUCCAACCACCAUUUCACCUCAUCCCCCUUCCCUGUCCAUACCACCCCGGUCAUCCAUCUGAAUCAUGAGUGUACCAGAGAAAUUGUACAUGGGAGAACAGAGCAAAGACAAACCGAACUAAACUGUACUAUUUACUGUACAUCUAAGACACACAGAGCAAUGGCCCCCAGAGUAUUUUGGGACAUGGCAAGACCUUUUUGUUGUUAAACGUUUGACUACUAACUCUAUGGCAGCCUAAAGGCGACUGUUUGUCAGUUUUUUUUUCAAGAGGAAUUGUCUUAAAAUGGUGCUCUCUUUUAACACACACAACA